AUGUUGCUCCUGGCAUUCCGGAGUUUUUUCUUUGUGGCCGUCAUUCUCGGUUACAGCACCGGUGUUUGGCGGUUGAUAAACGAUUACUUCCGCCGGGGGUUCAAGGAUUUUCUGGCGGAGGAAGUGAAACGGAACAAAUAUCUGGUGGAACAUCCGGGCCCGGAGCAGCAGGGUAAGAUAAACUCGGAACCGCUGACCGCUAGUAGCGAACCAAAGCAGUCCUCCGGAUCGGUGACGGCAAACCGGCUGCUGGACGAGCUGAUCGUCAGUUUUGGUCGGCUUUUUACCGCUUCCAGCCGCAAUGAACGGCAGCAGUACUCCCAGAGAUCAGUCCCCCCACACCACACCGACCAACCUCCGGUGUUUGCAAAACCAACAAUCAGUGACAACCCGGCCGACAACGGCGACGAUGAAGGUCAGGCGAGAAAAACAUCAUCAAACCCGGCAACCGACAACACGCCGGAUCCCGGCGGGACACCGGCUACGACGUCAAUCGAUGGGCGGAAAACAACGGCGAACGGCGAAAGUAAAGGCGAUAACGAGAUUUGGUCAACUUCCUCGUCAUCGGCUUCGGCGGUGGAUCCAGAGGACGACAAGUGGCUAAGCUACUGGAGACGGAAGCAAAUUGGCAACAAAGUGGCAGCGGAGGAAAUCGACGGUGGAGGUCACUGUGAAGCAGCGGUUCCAGCAGGCGACAACGACGGAGACAUCGGUUGCCACCCCUAGAAGUACGACAAUAAAGUUAUAAACGAAGAGUAUAAUUAAAUAAAACAAAGUGAAUAGAGAACCAUCGAACGGAGCUUGGAGUCGAUUGUUGUUAGAGGUAGCGAAGUUUAACGUCUCACAAGUGGUAAGCAGGAGGGGUGAAAGUUGAAACGAGAUUGUCAAACUCUUACGAUUACUUGGGUGUCGUCGAAGGGGGAGUGCACUUUUAUAAACAUAUAGUCGAAGCAAAAAGCAGAAAAGUUUCCGCACUGCUGUACCGGGUUGGAAAAGUUUUAUCCGGUCUUUGUCAGUCAAUCGAAUUAAAUGUCCUCCGGACACCGGCUGUAAUCUCGACUCGACCCAACUUCACUAGGAAGGAGGAAGAAAUGAAAUUUACCAUAAAACGUAGAAAGAACUUCUGACAAGUGAUUGUUCUGGAGGGAAACUAAAUAGAGUAAUAUUUGUUCUACGUGGAAGUUGUGAGGAAUAAAAUUUUAUAAGUAGCGUAGUGUUAUUGCUCUGUAUAAAUCCAAAUUAUAUAUCUGAAUUAGUAAUAAAAUAUUUUUAUCUUUGA